AUGGAAGAAGAAGGGGCUUCGUAUUCCGAGCAGAUCCUCGAAUGUGCACGUCGAAACAACACCGAACUUUUACUCCAGAUCAAAGCCGAACUCAACAACGACUCGCAAAAGUUGGCACACUUGAUCAAUACCACAAAAGAAACCAUUACGAACAAUUCGCCGUUGCAUUUAGCAUGUCGAAUGGGCCACUGGGAACUGAUAGAUAUCAUACUUGACAUUGAAGGUGUUGAAGUGGAUCCUUUGAACCGAGAGGGUGAUACCCCGUUGCAUUUGGCGGUCAAGUACUGUGCCGACGAGCCGGAACAUGGAACUUUUGUGGUCGACAACUUGUUGGAUGCUGGAGCUGAUCCUCGCAUAGUGAAUAGUCAUGGCUUGAAGCCCAUACAAUUGGUGACGGAUAACCAGAAGUUGCGUAAUUUGUUGGAGGGUGCCGAGUAUGCGAUUUCGAUGGAGGUGACGGAGGCGGAGCAGUUGGCUCAAGAUGAGGAGUCGGGGUCCGCAUCGGACUCUGAUUAG